AUGGGCUUCAAACGCCUCGAGAAGGAGACUCCCCUGUUUGCACUUUAUUCUCUUCAAAUUCGAUACUUUGCUGUACUGAGAACGAGGUUCUGAUUAUUUUUGAAGGAGAGACUCUCUCUCUCUCUCUCUCUCUCUCUUAUAUUUUCUUCUUCUAACCCUUCCCAAAGAUCACAUCUUUCUCUUCUCCACAUUGCAUUUUCCUCUCAAUAUUCUCCUUUAUCUGAAAUCCCCUCCUUUAUUUUUAUUUUAUUUUUAAUUUUUGCUUCUUUUAAGACAAAACCCAUCAUUUGUUUAGAAGAUUUGAGCUUUGUCUUCUUCAAUCUUCACCACAGAAACAGAGAGGUGCCUUGUUCUUUCAUUCUUUCUAACUGAAGCUUUUUUUUUUUUUUUUGAGCUUCUUCUCUUCUACUGAAGAAGCAAAGAAAGAGGAAGUCAGCUUCUUCUAUUCUAUCUUCCUCUGGUUUCUUACAAUACGCAGAAGGCAGAAAUCAUAUACAAGGAGGGAAAAGCCCAAUUCCUGAGCUGUAUUUCCCCCUUCAUUUUCUUUUCCCAUUUCAAGAAAGACCCAUAAACCAAAUACCCAAGAGAAGGAAAGAAAGGGGGGAAAGCAAGUUCUUCCCAGCAGGGGGACUUGUAUGAAGAAAUACUGAAACAAUGAGAGAUGGAAACCCGAAGAAAAGCAAGCUCUCAUGGUCUAAGACCCUUGUGAGAAAAUGGUUCAAUAUCAAGAGCAAAGCUGAGGACUUUCAUGCUGAUGAUGUUGUUUAUUCAGGUGGGGAUGGUGAAUGGAGGACAAGCUUCUCAGAGAGGGAAGAAGCAUGCACAAUCAAGAAAAGCAAAACAGCAGAGAGAUCGUUCAAGAAGAACUCGGAUCGAAGUCGGCAAGGGCGGGUUGAUCUUGAUUCUGCUCAAUUUACUGAUGUGCAGGACUACCGGAUUUUUGUAGCAACAUGGAAUGUGGGUGGGAAAUCUCCACCAAGCUAUUUGAGUCUUGAGGAUUGGCUUCAUGCCUCCCCUCCUGCUGAUAUCUAUGUUUUGGGGUUUCAGGAAAUUGUUCCGCUCAAUGCCGGCAAUGUUUUAGGUGCGGAAGACAAUGGCCCGGCGAGAAAAUGGCUAGCACUCAUCAGAAAAACUCUAAACAAUCUCCCUGGUACCAGUGGAAGCGGUGGUUACCACACGCCUUCGCCCGUUCCCUACCCCAUUGCGGAAUUGGAUGCAGAUUUUGAAGGGUCGACACGGCAAAAGGCCUCCACUUUCUUCCACCGCCGAUCAUUUCAGUCCUUGAGUCGUAGCCUGAGGAUGGACAAUGACAUCUCAAUCCCGCAACCUAGGCUUGACCGCCGGUUCAGUGUCUGCGAUCGGGUCAUGUACAGUCAUAGGCCGAGUGAUUUUGAUCCCAAUUUUAAGUGGGGCUCUUCCGAUGAUGAGAAUGGGCCGGGGGGUUCGCCCAGUACUGGUUUUGUUUCGCCGAUGUCAUAUGGUGCAUCUUCGUCCAUGGAUGAUAGGGAUAGACCAUCAGGGCAUUCGAGGUACUGUUUGGUUGCAAGUAAGCAGAUGGUUGGGAUAUUUCUCACAGUCUGGGUUAGGAGUGAUUUAAGAGAUGAUGUCCGGAACAUGAAAGUCUCUUGUGUGGGCCGUGGAUUGAUGGGUUAUCUUGGAAACAAGGGCUCGAUCUCGAUCAGCAUGUCCUUGCACCAAACAACCUUCUGCUUCAUAUGCAGUCAUUUGACCUCGGGGGAGAAGGAGGGUGAUGAGCUGCGGAGAAAUUCGGAUGUUAUGGAGAUCUUGAGGAAGACGAGAUUUCCACGUGUUCAUGGGUUAGGUGAUGAGAAAUCACCUGAAACUAUCCUUGAGCAUGAUCGAAUCAUAUGGCUUGGGGAUUUGAAUUACCGGAUUGCUCUAUCGUAUCGCUCUGCAAAGGCGCUCGUCGAGAUGCACAACUGGAGAGCGCUGUUGGAAAAAGACCAGCAGCUCCGGAUAGAGCAGAGACGUGGCCGUGUUUUUGAGGGUUGGAACGAGGGCAGGAUCUAUUUCCCACCCACGUAUAAAUAUUCAAAUAACUCAGAUCGGUAUGCUGGGGAUGAUUUGCAUCCAAAAGAGAAGCGACGGACACCCGCAUGGUGUGAUCGUAUAUUGUGGUAUGGAAGAGGUCUCAAUCAACUAUCAUAUGUUCGUGGAGAGUCUAGGUUCUCGGACCAUCGACCGGUUUAUGGCAUCUUUACAGCCGAGGUUGAAUACAUAAACCAUAGCCGAACAAAGAGAAGCAUGAGUAGCUCUAGCGCCCGAAUUGAGGUAGAGGAACUGUUGCCACACUCGUAUGGAUACACCGAACUUAGUUUCUUUUGAUGGGGGAAGCCAACCUAUGACCUGAAUUCAGGAAGGCUUGUAAUUACCCACGAAGAGAAUGGCUUAGGUUCAGAAAUUCAUUCAAUUUUACAAACUACAGCAAGUAUCGAAGUUGCAGAGCUACUAAAUGCUUAGUUUUUUCUAUAUGGUGAAGAGCGAUUUGUAAAAAGAAUCUUGGCUGCAAGGACAGUAAGCUGUCCAUCACCACUUAUACAACGAUUCUAACAGGAAAAUGCUGUAAAUUUGUUGAUAAUGAAGUCCGCAUGUUCAAACUCCGCAGUCUAUACGUGAAAGAGUGGUAAUGCUCUGGUAAUUGGCUCCCCAAAAUUGGCUACCUGUUUAGCAGAUUUCGGGUUUUUGAGUGCUCAGAGCAAGCCCCACUUGCACCAGCAUAUCAUCAACAUAAUUUGAAAUUAGAGGAAUGAAGCGAGACACGUGGGCUUCGACAUUUAUUCAAAUUCAAUAUUCUUUUUAGACUAUUCUUUUUGAACAAUCGUAGGGGAUAUACUUUGGGUUUGAGAUGGGGAAAGAUAAGGGAAGGAAUAACCAUGUUGUACUUUUGUUUCUUUGUUUAAAAGAAGAGGUAGAGAUGAGAUGAAAGAGAUGGAAGAGAGAUGUAGCUUUUGCUUUUGGGUCUGUGCUGCCCCGUCAUCUUAUGACUUGCAAGUAUUUUUGAAGUAAAAGAUUUUUUUAUUAUUUUUUUUCCGAAGUGUAUUUUGGGCUUGAUGGUGGUGAUGGUAUGAUGAUGAUGAUGAUCAAGGUAUUACAUAAUGGGGCGAUAUUCCAUUACUGAUGCGUAGCGGGAUGACUGUUUCCUUCAUGUAAUGGCUGUAAUGUAACUGUUUCUUAAUAGCAUGACAAUGAUGUGUUUUGGGCUUGAUCA